AUGGGAACUGCGGUGUCCAAAAGGAAGAAUCUGAGGAGUGAUGCGAUUUCUUCUGUGGCCGCAAAAGUUCGAGCAGCCAGAGCAUUUGGAGAAUACCUGUCCAACACCAAUCCAGAGAACCGCAACGGAGCAGAUCAUCUAUUGUCUGACACUUUCCCUGGCCAGGACUGUGACUCCCCAGACGUCAGUCGCUUGCAUAACAACAAUCUGCCACCGCAGAGCCGCUGCUUACCCAUAGCUAAGCCUAACCAGCCCAGCCAGUCCAAUCCCAGCGCUCACCCUCAGCCUCAGCCUCAGGUCAACACGCUCCAGGCUCAGGCACCACUGGGCCCCUCCAAACGCCGACUCUCAGCUGAACGCAGCCUCUCCACAGAGGACCCACCGGGUCCCAGGGUUGCAGAGGGGAGCGUUGCUGUGAAGCCGGCCAGAGUGUACACAAUCACCAGGGAAGGAGGGAUGACCCUGGGGGCCCGUAGCAGUGAGGAGAGCUUGGAGCUGGAGGUGCUGAAGGGCUCCAGGGAGCAGCCUCUGGCCCAGGCCCCUGCUGCUGCCAACCACAACCCGUCCUGCACCAGCCAACCGUCCGCAACAGCUGUCCGUGGUAGCCACCACCGCAGUAGCCAUCACCGCAGCAACCAUCACCACGCUCAGCAGCAACACGGAGGCUCGCAGUCAUCGUCACAGCCGCUGCAGAGCUCGGGCAGUGCCAGCAACAUCCGGGACUGGGGGAUGAGGAGAGGGGGGUCGCGGGACGACUACACCCCAGACUGCGUGGCCUGCAUUCGGGCUCCGUGUCAAAGCCAGCGCUCCCUGGACCUGGAUACCUCACCGCGAGAUGGAGGGAAGCAGCGCAAGAAAUUGGAGAGGAUGUACAGCGAGGACAGAGCAUCGACUGAUGACAGGGAGGACAAUGCUAAUAGCUGGUUCCCCAAAGAGAAUAUGUUCAGCUUUCAGACAGCCACCACCACCAUGCAGGCAAUAUCAAAUUUCCGCAAACACCUUCGAAUGGUUGGCAGCCGCAGGAUGAAGGCCCAAACCUUCGCCGACCGUCGAGCCAAGAGCUUCAGCCGCUCGUGGAGCGACCCCACCCCCGUCAAGCCUGAGUCACUGCAUGACUCCAGAGACAGUGGCGAGCUUCAGACCUCCUCAGGGACACUAGAUGAAGGGCUGGAUGAGGAUGCUGACUGGGAGGAGGAGAGGGAGAUGGAGAGAGUGGCCUGCGAAGGAGAGGACUUCAUCCCACCCAAAAUCAUGCUGAUAUCCUCCAAGGUACCGAAGGCUGAAUACGUUCCCAACAUCAUCCGUAGGGACGACCCCUCCAUCAUUCCUAUCCUUUAUGACCACGAACACGCCACGUUUGAUGACAUCCUCGAGGAGAUCGAGAAAAAGCUGACUGCCUACAGAAAAGGCUGCAAAAUCUGGAACAUGCUCAUUUUCUGUCAGGGAGGUCCAGGACAUCUGUACCUGCUGAAGAACAAAGUGGCCACCUUUGCCAAGGUGGAGAAAGAGGAAGACAUGAUCCAGUUCUGGCGGCGGCUCAGCAGGCUGAUGAGUAAGCUGAACCCGGAGCCCAACCUCAUCCACAUCAUGGGCUGCUACGUGCUGGGGAGCGCUAAUGGAGAAAAGCUUAUUCAGACUCUGAAGAGGCUGAUGAGACCCUCCUCAGUCGAAUUCAAGUCCCCACUAGAGCUGUCGGCACAAGGCAAAGAGAUGAUCGAGAUGUACUUUGACUUCCGUCUGUUCCGCCUUUGGAAAAGCCGUCAGCACUCCAAGCUGCUGGACUACGACGACCUCUUGUGA